AUGGGUUAUUUCAAACAGCUUCUCGUCUUGGCGGCCCUGCCAUUGAGCCAGACUGCUUUCGCUCUGCCAUCAUUGAACAAUAUUUUCUCACGUGCUCAAGCAUCAACCAAUCUUUGCGGAGACUAUGAUAACCUCAUUCUCCCAAAUACGCCAUGGAUUGUUUACAAUAUGCUAUACAAUGCUGCUCAGAUAGUUGGUACGCAAUGUACAAACUAUGACGGAACCACAAGCAUCAAUGACACCAACGAGGUUCUCUGGAGCAGCGUGACCGAUAUCGACUAUGUCGAGAGCACAAACAAUGUCCCCAAAGGAUACUCCUUUAUCGGUCUCACUCAGAAUCUCGAGACCAAACUGUCUGCGAUUGACUCAAUUCCCACAACCUACAGCUGGACGCGUACCAAUACCACCGAUUUUAAGGGGGGCCAGCUGCCAAUCGGCUGGACCAACGGAGCUGUUGCCACUAUUGAUGACCUCUUUGGAACCUCGUGGACGCUGUACGAAGACGUCAAUACGGACACUGGAAUAACAGUCAGCACCUUGAUCCCGGAGAAGCAGUUCGAGGGGUCUUUCUCUGGAGACCUCAAGGAUUGGCUGCUCGCCAUCGCCAACGAGGGCAGAUUUACGACAUCCACAUAUGUUAACGUCGGCAACGCUGGGUAUAUAUUCCCCGUCCCUCUUUCUCUUCUCGAGCCCACUAACAGAUAUGAAUAG